AUGAAACACUCUCCAGAUACCAUGAGUCAUGAAACACUCCAGACACCAAGGAUCAUGAAACACUCUCCAGACACUGAGGUUAAUGAUGGAACUGUUCUUGUUGCUGCUAAUGACGAUACCGAAGCUGCUGUUGAUGCUGAUGAUGAUGACACAAUUAUUGUUCAUGCUUAUAGUGAUGAUUAUCUUCCAUUUGUUUUUGCAAUUGAUAAGAAAUUUACUAUGGUUGCCUCUCCGGGCAUUCAUAUGGAGGUGCGCCUCGAGUUGAUGCUUGAGGUGCGCCUCGAGUUGAUGCUUGAGGUGCGCCUCGAGUUGAUGCUCGAGGUGCGCCUCGAGUUGAUGCUUGAGGUGCGCCUCGAGUUGAUGCUCGAGGUGCGCCUCGAGUUGAUGCUCGAGGUGCGCCUCGAGUUGAUGCUCGAGGUGCGCCUCGAGUUGAUGCUUGAGGUGCGCCUCGAGUUGAUGCUUGAGGUGCACCUCGAGUUGAUGCUUGAGAGCAGCAAUGAUGGCGCAAGUUGGGUAUACGACCCACCAGCUCCCAUCUCCAGUACCACUGGCAUUGGUCGUACCGUCUCCAGUACCGCUGGCAUUGGUCGUACUGUCUCCAGUACCGCUGGCAUUGGUCGUACCGUCUCCAGUACCGCUGGCAUUGGUCGUACCAUCUCCAGUACCGCUGGCAUUGGUCGUACCAUCUCCAGUACCGCUGGCAUUGGUCGUACCGUCUCCAGUACCGCUGGAAUUGGUCGUACCGUCUCCAGUACCGCUGGCAUUGGUCGUACUGUCUCCAGUACUGCUGGCAUUGGUCGUACCGUCUCCAGUACCGCUGGCAUUGGUCGUACCAUCUCCAGUACCGCUGGCAUUGGUCGUACCGUCUCCAGUACCGCUGGCAUUGGUCGUACCGUCUCCAGUACCGCUGGCAUUGGUCGUACCAUCUCCAGUACCGCUGGCAUUGGUCGUACCAUCUCCAGCACCGAUGGCAUUGGUCGUACCAUCUCCAGUACCGCUGGCAUUGGUCGUACCAUCUCCAGUACCGCUGGCAUUGGUCGUACCGUCUCCAGUACCGCUGGCAUUGGUCGUACCGUCUCCAGUACCGCUGGCAUUGGUCGUACCAUCUCCAGUACCGAUGGCAUUGGUCGUACCAUCUCCAGUACCGCUGGCAUUGGUCGUACCAUCUCCAGUACCGCUGGCAUUGGUCGUACCGUCUCCAGUACCGCUGGCAUUGGUCGUACCGUCUCCAGUACCGCUGGCAUUGGUCGUACCGUCUCCAGUACCGCUGGCAUUGGUCGUACCAUCUCCAGUACCGAUGGCAUUGGUCGUACCAUCUCCAGUACCGCUGCCAUUGGUCGUACCAUCUCCAGUACCGCUGAUAUUGGUCGUACCAUAUCCAGUACCGCUGGCAUUGGUCGUACCAUCUCCAGGUCCACUGACAUUGGUCGUACCAUCUCCAGUACCACUGGCAUUGGUCGUACCAUCUCCAGUACCGCUGACAUUGGUCGUACCAUAUCCAGUACCGCUAGCAUUGGUCGUACCAUCUCCAGGUCCACUGACAUUGGUCGUACCAUAUCCAGUACCGCUGACAUUGGUCGUACCAUCUCCAGUACCGCUGGCAUUGGUCGUACCAUCUCCAGUACCGCUGACAUUGGUCGUACCGUCUCCAGUACCGCUGGCAUUGGUCGUACCAUCUCCAGUACCGCUGACAUUGGUCGUACCAUCUCCAGUACCGCUGACAUUGGUCGUACCGUCUCCAGUACCGCUGGCAUUGGUCGUACCAUCCCCAGCACCGCUGACAUUGGUCGUACCAUCUCCAGUACCGCUGACAUUGGUCGUAUCAUCCCCAGCACCGCUGGCAUUGGUCGUACCAUCUCCAGUACCGCUGGCAUUGGUCGUACCAUCUCCAGUACCGCUGGCAUUGGUCGUACCAUCUCCAGUACCGCUGACAUUGGUCGUACCGUCUCCAGUACCGCUGACAUUGGUCGUACCAUAUCCAGUACCGCUGCCAUUGGUCGUACCAUCUCCAGUACCGCUGACAUUGGUCGUACCAUCUCCAGUACCGCUGGCAUUGGUCGUACCAUCCCCAGCACCGCUGACAUUGGUCGUACCAUCUCCAGUACCGCUGACAUUGGUCGUAUCAUCCCCAGCACCGCUGGCAUUGGUCGUACCAUCUCCAGUACCGCUGACAUUGGUCGUAUCAUCCCCAGCACCGCUGGCAUUGGUCGUACCAUCUCCAGUACCGCUGACAUUGGUCGUACCGUCUCCAGUACCGCUGGCAUUGGUCGUACCAUCUCCAGUACCGCUGGCAUUGGUCGUACCAUCUCCAGUACCGCUUACAUUGGUCGUAUCAUCUCCAGUACCGCUUACAUUGGUCGUAUCAUCCCCAGCACCGCUGGCGGUGCUGGGGAUGAUACGUACCAUCGUACGUACCAAUCAAUACGUACCAAUCAUCAUCGUACCAUCGUACGAUGA